UUCUAGCAAAGCAAAGCACCUCAACGCAGCAACAACAAGCAUCGGCAUCUUUUAUCAGACCGCAAUAUAACAGUGCAUCUGUCUAUCCACAAUGACCAUCCUCGUCACCGGCAGCACAGGCAAAACCUCCCUCCGCCUCGCGCAGCAACUCCGCGCCGCCUCCCUCCACUACCUAAUCGCCACCCGGCGCUCCUCGCUGCCCGACAACCAUCCCUCCACCAAACUCGACCUGACGGACCCAUCCACCUACCCCAACCCCUUCGCCUCCGCCGCAGACAUAACCGGCAUCUACCUCGUCGCCCCGGACACCACCGAACCGGCACCCCACCUGAACGCCUUCAUCGACCACGCCGUCUCUCACGGCGUGCUGCACUUCGUCCUACUAGCCGGGACGUCCGCGACAGAGAAAGGCGGGCCGUACGUCGGGACCGUGUGGUCCUAUCUCGACGCGCUGGUGGCUGCGAAGGGGGUGUCGUACGCCGUGCUGCGCCCUACGUGGUUCAUGGAGAACUUCUCCGAGAUGCAGCACGUCGCCACGAUCAAGUCAGAAUCGGCUUUCUACUCCACCGCCGGCGACGGAAAAAUGCCCUUCAUCUCCGCCGACGACAUCGCCGCUGCGGCCUCCGUCUUCCUGUCCGAUCCCGCUAGGCUCGACAAUAAAGACCACAUACUGCUGGGCCCGCAGCUGCUCAGCCACGAUGAGGUCGCUAGGAUAUUUUCCGGCGUGUUGGGUAGGGAGAUCAGGCAUGUGCGCAGGAGCCAGGAGGAGAUGGUGGAGCAGUAUACUAAGGUGGGCGUCAAACCGAUGUUUGCGCAUUUCUUGCCGUUUCUGGAGACGAAGGUGAAGGCGGGGGAGGAGGCGAAGUUUGUUGAUGGCUUUGAGGAUGUGGUUGGGAGGAAGGGGAUUGAUUUCAAGACGUGGGCGGAGAGGGAGGCGAAGAAGGGGUACUGGGCCUAAUCGCGAGUCCCAGCCUCUGAAUGGUAGGUGCAAGAGUCGUUGGUAGAAGAGUAGUGUGUCGAUAGGAUAGUUGCCCAGAGCAUCGAUGGUCCCUGGUUGAUAAUCCAAGCCGUUCGUUCGUGUUCAGUUCCGAGGAUGAGCGGAGCGAGGCUCUUGUGGUAGGGUAUUCUCCGGAUUUAAGGGCUCGUCGUGCAUGCUUAUUGGCAUUUUAUGCGUCUGUAAAGGCCUCCAGGUUGGCCGUUACUCACGUCGUUCUAUCCGGAGAAUUCUACACCGUGAGGGCGGCGAUGGGAUGGAAGGCUGGAUCUAAUGUCGAUGCUAAGCGUGAUAUUAAUUCAAGCCCGUCUUGAGCCAAGCUACCGAUGCCAUAUAUUCAUCACACUCCGUAUCCCAUGCCUCCUCCCUGGCCUCCCACCCGCUCUUUUCCGAUCU